CAUUUGCUCAUCGCAGCAAAGCACGGAUACUCAUUAUCUCUAGCAGCAGACGGUCGUUCAGAGAUCAACAUAAUCCUGCUAUCGUCGGCGUUGACUUUCCCGCGAGCGGACGGUCGGUCUAACGUUCGACGCGAGACCGCCUACUCACGACUUACCAAAUCUACAUUGAGCGAACAGAUCUGGGGAACCUCUUCGCAUACUAUGCGAUGUACGAAACGAUGUGCGAAAUGACGAACCAUAUAAGUGUAGCUGAGUAUCUUCGUCUAUCACGCUACCAUAGCUCAAGAUGAUGUCCACAAGUAUCUUCGCUCAACUCAGGGAGGCUUGGAAUCUGUCUUUUCUGGAGACACGCUCCUUCUCCGAGCUUGAAGCCAGUAUAUUCCUCUUUGCGCUCAUCCUGGGCCUUUUGCGCACAGUCUACCUACUCUACUUUCAUUCACCAGCAACCUUUCCUGGUCCGUACCAGGCUGCACUUUCCAAUUGGUGGCAGUACACCCCAAGCAAGACUGGCAAACAAGAAGAGACGCUUGAGCAACUGCACAAAGCAUAUGGCACACGAGCACUCAGAAUCGGGCCAAAUGAGCUCCACAUUACUGAACCCAGGCUCUAUCAUACAAUCUACUCGCAGAGCUAUGCCUUUUCCAAACAGCAGUACUUUUAUGAGGCUUUUGGCGCACCACACUCAGUGUUCGUCGAGGGCAACAAAGAAUUACACCGUGUACGACGUAAGCUUCUCAGCAACUUCUUCUCGAAGACGCACAUAAGGUCCAUGGAGAAAACUUUGCUUUCCAAAGCCACUCUCUUAUGUGACAGGAUAUCGGAGACUAAAGGCAACGGCGCGAUUAACUUUUACUAUGCUUUCAGGUGCCUAACGGUCGAUCUCAUCACGCAGAUGGCUUUUGGAGAAUCCUUCAAUCUACUUACUGAAGCCGAAGACAAUACUUUCGACGCUCCCUUCCACAGGUGUUUUGACCACGCCGCUGAAUCACUCUGGGACAUGCUAUACUUCCCAUCUCUCCGGACUAUCGCCUUCACAUGCCCGCCCGGUGUGGCCGCCAUGUUCAGUACAGCAGCCGUGAGGUUCCAGGCACUCGUUAGCACCGUCGCGAGCACUGUCGCCAAUCUCAGACGCUUGAAGACUUCCGGCAAGUCCUUUGACCAUGAACUAGUGUUCAACUCUUUGGAACAUUUGGACGAUGAAUUGGUCUUGGCCGAAGCCAUAAGUAUCUUGGUCGCAGGCUCUGACACCACAGCUUUCACACUCGCGAUUGUUGUCCAACAGAUGACUGGAAAUCCUGCCGUCUUCGUAAAGUUAAGAAAGGAGUUGAGGGAAAGUGGCAUUACUACAAACGAAGAUCUUGGGCUUUUGAGACUGGAGCAGCUUCCAUAUCUGACUGUAUGCGUCAAAGAAGCGUUGCGCUAUGAUAUGCCCGUGCCAGGGCGACUUCCACGUGUCGUACCGCAUGCAGCAACGCCUCUCAUCGUUGACCAGAAGAUCGUCCCAGCUGGGACCGUUGUCGGCAUGUCUGCGUACAGCAUGCACUUUGACGAAAGCAUAUGGGGUGAAGACACCAGAAGCUUUAACCCCGCUGGUUGGCUGACUGAAGACGCAAAAGAGCUGGAGAGGUAUCUCGUGACCUUUUCCAAGGGUGCAAGGCAAUGUCUUGGGAUCAAUCUUGCAUACGCAGAGAUUACUCUCACGCUUGCCAUGCUUGUCAAUCGAUUUCGCUUCGAACCCGACAAGACGAUGACGGAAUCUGACAUGCGACGUUUGGAUCACUUUACAUAUGAGUUUGAAGGAAGUGGGGUUCGUGCUAUCGUCCAUGAGGACUAGAGCUCACUCUUUGAGACUUGAGCAUUGGAUUGGGACUGUGAGGACGGCUUUACACAUUCAGUCCAACACAUGCCUUCCUUGCCUCUGCUCGUUACGAGGAUAGAGCGAGAGGAAGAAGUGCUGGAAUGUGGGGUGCAGUGUCUUGAUUAGCAAAGAAACGUGCAUGUGCGAUAGCGGUUUGUUUGAAAGCAUUGGUAUUUGGGCAUUCGUGGUAUGGAUAG